CGGAGCUUUCUUUUCUGGACCUUUAUAUUUGGAACUCCCUUGUGUUCGACAGGCAUGGUAGCAUGAUACCAACUCUGUUUACAAGACAGUCCGUGACACUUUUCAAGCGCACAACAACAUACUCAUUACGACGUACAGCUGGCUUGCGUGCCUACACACUCGAUAGCAAUGGUGUUGCAGACGAAGUACGACAAGUCAUGCGACGGGUGCCACAACCUGUGGUUGUCGUAACAACCAGCGAUGGUCGAAACAAGCAGAAUAUGAACAAUGGCGACAGCAGCAGCAGCACGAUACAACGACGUGGCGUUACAGUUUCUUCUUUUACACCAAUAUGUCUUCACCCAGAACCCAUUGUUUCGUUCUGCGUACGCGUUCCUUCGCGUGCCUCGGAACUCUUGCAUUCGUCAGGGGGUAUGAUUGUCAAUGUGUUAUCCCAUGAACAAGUACAGCAAUCCAUUGCAUUCUCAGCACCCAACAAGACCGAUCAGUUCAAAGACAUUCCAUUCUAUGACGAUCCGACUACAGGCCUGCCUGUAUUAAUGGGGACAUUGGGGUCAAUGCACUGCGAGGUUGCGCAGGUACUGGAACUAGGCGACCACGAGCUAUGGAUCACCAAGGUAGUGAAAGUUGACCACGGCGUGGGUGGCAAACAUGGUCGACGCGAAGAAGCAGAACCCCUGUUGUACCAUGAUCGACGCUAUCGCAGUGUGGGCGAGCAAGUUUUUAUGAAGGCUUUUGAAGACUCAAAUUUGGAUGCAAAACUUUGGACACAUCGCGCUCAUGUACGCAUGGCAUGGAACUAUCUACGCGAGCUGGGCAAGGAAAAGGCAACACCUGUAAUUAAAGAUGCUAUCCGUCGCCAUUUUGAAAUGAAUCCAACCAAGCAUCUCGAGUACCACGAAACAAUCACAUCGUUUUACAUUCAUUUGGUCGAUCUGGCACUGCAAACGACGCAAUUAACAGAUGAAGAUGAUUUUUUCGAGUUCAUUGAACAGUUUCCUGCGCUCACGGAUCGACGGUAUAUUCAUCAGUAUUACUCGCCACAAGCACUUAAAUCAUCCGAUGCCCGAAAACACUUUAUGUUACCUGAUCUGAAAGCUCUACCGUGCAGACUUAUUCCAGAUGAAGAAAAGGAAAAAGAAUAAAAGGAUCGACGAAUAGCAUCAAUUCUAAUACAAAGUAGACCAGGAAUUUCAAGAUCCAGCAGAGAAAAUAUUCAUAAAACUGUAUAGAAACUCAAUGCAUCAAAAUUUUCAAUAACACAUUUUCGCUACUACAGCGUGAGGAAAUGUAUUAAAGACGAUGAAACAAUGGUUAAUGUAUUAUUAUGCUGUAGAUCUAUAUUCUAGAGCUUGGCAUGUUGUGAUUUCUUGGUAAUGAUGGAUAAUCCAACAAAUAAAGGUAGCAUAAAUACUUG